AUGAGGGAAGUGAGUUUAAAACACGUUUCAUUUUUUGCAUUGAUUACAGUAACCUUCAGGUAUAUCAACCGUGUACAACAUCCGAAAAAGAGCUAGACCCGCAUCCGAAAAGCCGGCAGCAGUACUCUCGUUUCCGCGCCGCCAUCCAACGGCGCAUUCCGAUUGUCGAGUGGCUUCCAAAUUACAAAUGGAAAGAGCACUUGCAUGGAGACAUCGUCGCCGGUCUCACAGUCGGCAUCAUGAACGUUCCGCAGGGAAUGGCGUAUGCCAGUUUGGCGGGCGUGCCGCCCGUCUACGGAAUGUACUCGUCGUUCUUUGCCAGCUCGAUUUACAUGUUUUUCGGUACUGCAAGGCAUAUUUCUAUUGGUGAGUUAGUCAAAUAUGGUAGGGCAUCAGUAUUUUCCCUGUUUGCAGGCGUGUUCGCCGUCGCCUCCAUGAUGGUCGGAGCGGCUCGCCUCCGUCUGGCGCCCGAUCUUCCAGCCAACUCGACCGCACUGGAGUUCCCGCUCGGUGAAUACGUGGAUCCUCUCGUGUUCACGAGCGCUCUCACGUUUCUCGUCGGCGUCGUUCAAAUUAUAAUGGGAGUUCUCCGUCUGAGCUUCCUCACAACCUAUCUCUCGGAUCCGUUGGUGUCCGGCUUCACCACUGGCGCGGCUGUUCACGUGUUCACAUCUCAACUGAACAAAGUGCUCGGAAUCGAGUUGCCACGUCACGAGGGCAUUGGAAUGAUUGUGAGGAUGUACAGAGAUAUGAUUGGCUCACUGGGAUCUACGAACUUUGUGACGCUGGGCAUUUCGAUGUUUGGAAUUGUGUUCUUGGACACUGGAAGAACAUAUCUGAAUCCGAGGGUCAAGAGGAUUUUCCCGAUUCCACCCCCUCUCGAACUCAUACUAGUGAUCACUGGAGUGAUUGUUUCCAUGAUCUUCAACCUGGACGCUCGAUUCGAUGUCAAAACCGUCCACGAGAUUCCACGCGGCUUCCCAACGCCCUCCCUUCCUCGGCUACACUUCCUCCACGCUCUCAUCUCUGACGCCAUCCCGAUCGCAGUCGUCUGCUACAUGUUCGUCGUGUCCAUGGGCAAAUUGUUCGCCAAGAAGCACAAGUACAAGACCGACGCCACACAAGAGCUGUACGCGAUCGGGCUCGCCAGCACCGUCUCCUCGUUGUUCCCGGUAUUCCCGGUGGGCGCCUCACUGUCUCGAUCGUCGGUUUGCGAAAUGUCGGGAGCCAAUACACAAUUCUACACCGUCUUCUCCUCGCUGCUGUUGCUCACUGUCAUCUUGCUGCUCGGACCGUUUCUGGAGCCGUUGCCCAUGUGCAUUCUCGCGUGUAUUGUGAUCGUCAGUCUGAAGAGUCUAUUUAUGCAAGUCAAGGAGUUGCCGAGACUCUGGACGAUCAGUAGAUACGAUUUUGUAAGUCAUCUUUUGAACUGAUAUGCAUUAUAAUCCGCCACACGUGUGUUCCACGCCCUGUCCUAUCUUAUCGAUAACCUUUCUAUUUUUAGGCCAUCUGGCUGGUCGCUUCUCUCUCCACCGUCCUCACCGACGUCACUACCGGUCUCGUCGUCUCGCUCGUCUUCUCGCUCUUCACCCUCGUCCUCCGGCAGCAAUGGCCGACGUUCUCGAACACUGUGACUCAUGACGAUACUCCAAGACAGAACAUUCCAGAAAGAGUUGAGAUUGUUCGAUUCGGAGGAUCUUUGCACUUUGCAAAUGUGACCCUGUUUUUGGAUAAAAUGUCCGAAGCGAUCGGAAGAGUUUCGGACCGUGAAGCGCUGAUUCGAGGAGGAGAAGAAGGGAGAACGCUGAUUGUGGAUGGCUCUCCGAUCGCAUACGUCGACAGCAUGGCAGUGGAUGCUCUUCGUGACGUCUUCAAAGACGCGCAGAAGUCUGGAGUCAACGUCUUCUACUGUGGUCUUCCCGAAGACGUGCUCCAAGUGCUCCGAAGCGACGAAAGCUUCAGCACCGUCGUCCCAUCUUCCACAUUCUUCACCUCAAUCGAUCGUUGUCUCCUCUCUCUGGUUCAUCAACACAGUGUAUAA